AUGAAGAUCGGCUGCUUGCCGGAAAAUGUUAUAGCGGAGAUCUUCUCAAGACUUCCCGUCAAAACGCUUAUCCGAUUAAAAUGCGUAUGUACCCAAUGGAGUUCCUUAAUCUCGAAUCCUUUCUUCGCCUCUUUGCACCUCAGCCGCUCCGUUUCCAACCCUACAAGACACUCAAUUCUUGUUCACGAACUACGCCGCCAAAACAGACAUAUUUCGCUCGACCCCCACCUCAAUCUUGGAUUUGAUCUGACUUACCCUUUCGGCCCGGGAAUAAUUUAUGUGGGCUCAAUCAAUGGCUUGGUUGUUGAGAAAAAUGUAAGAAAAUCUGAAAAUUUAAUGAAUUUCAAGAAAAUCUCUCUCAGGUUACUCUUGAUAUGGAACCCUUCCACCAGACUGUAUAAGACACUCCCACUUGGUAGUCAUACAGAUCCAUGUGGUAUUACCAUAGGGUUUGGUUGGGAAGCCAUUGAUAAUGAUUACAAGGUAGUGAAAAUUGGUUUUUAUUAUGGGGAAUUUGCAGAGUGGGCAGAGGUUUGGACGGCCAAUUUAGAUUCGUGGAAGGAGAUUAAAGUUGAUCGCAAAUUUUGUCUUAUCACGAAUUGUUGUGAUGUGAUAGUGAAGAGAUUUUCUUAUUUUUUUGCUCAAGAUAGUCCUGGGAAUGAUGGCAUAACUCUAGUUGCUUCGUUCGACAUGAGGGCCGAGGUAUUGCAGGUGGUUUCUGUGCCUGAUUCCUUACUUGAAAGGCAGUAUGAUUUUAAUGCUAUGAAUUGGAAGGAAACUUUUGCUUUGGUAGCACGUGUUUCACCAGAGCCCAGAAAAAUAUAUCAAGUAUGGACGAUGGAAAAUAGUAGUGUAGGGAAGGAACAUUGGAAUAAGAAAUUCACCCUUGAACCGGAUCAUAUCUUUUACCGAACGGUGAACAGUGUAAAUGGAAAAUUCAUACUGAGAAGACACCGAACUCUGAUCUUAUAUGAUGUGGAAAACAGAGAUACCAAGACAGUUGGACGAGUCAAAUUUCCCGUGCUUGGGGCUCAUUACUAUGUGGAGAGCUUAAUGUCAAUCAAGGGGUUUAAUCAUUUUGGAGAUGAUGCCAGAAGGAGAUGGAAUGAGCAAGAACUAGAACUCAAUACAGGUCACGUCUCAAUUGAAACGAAAUCUUGACCUUGAGUGAGGAAUUGUUGGGUUUUGUCAUUAGACAAGAUUUGACAUUAAUAGUUCAUGCUUUAGCGUUUGGGAUUGAUUCCUUUUUUCCAUGUCCAUACUCAGUUUUUGAGCUUGCUGGUACUGAUUUCUAUCCCAUUAUUGCAACGUGACAUGAUUUCACUGUUCAAGGGCAUGUUAUUAGUUACCCCUAGUAUAUUUCUUCCACAUGGUUGAGGAGCACUAAAAUUUUGAUAUUCAAUUUGUAUUUUGUAGAAUUGUUUAUGUGACACAGGUACUUUUGAUUGCGUGAGUAGCCUAUGUUAAAAACUUGGAUUUGGCUUAAAGCAACACGUAAGUGAUGAUUAAGAUGUUACAACUGAUAAUGAACUAGCGAUCAUACUAAUGAAGAUACCUGGGCUAGGACAAAAAAUGUGUGCUUGUGUGUCCUCUCACCAUAAUUAUUACAUAUUUAGCAUUCUUUCGUGCAAUGGGCCUAACGCAUUGCAUCAUAAU